AUGGCACAGGCUAUCAUGAUGCAGGCCCAGGAUAUGACUGCCCAAGUCAACUGGCAGGAUGUUCAGAGGGAGAACCCACCAGUUCGCAGCAUGGCUGACAAACUGCGAGAUUUCACGAGGAUUAAUCCUCCUAUAUUCACAGGGGCUAAGACUUCAGAGGAUACUCAGGAGUUUAUAGAUGAGGUGCAUAAGAUCCUGGUGUCCAUGAGGGCAACUAAUAUUAAGAAGGAUGAGCUGGCUUCCUACCAGCUCAAGGAUGUUGCACAAACUUGGUGCAAGAUGUGGCAAGAUAGUAGUGUCCUAGGUAAAGCGCCAGUCACAUGGGAGUUGUUCAAGAUAACAUUUUUAGAAAGAUUCUUCCCUAGAGAGAUGAAAGAGGCCGAGGUUGAGGAGUUCAUCAACCUUAAACAAGGAUCUAUGACGGUUAAGGAGUAUUCCCUGAAGUUUGUGAAGCUAUCCAGGUAUGCUACUUCCCUAGUUUCGAACAGCUGGGAUGAGAUGAGCAGGUUCCUUACAGAAAUCAAUGGAGACCUGGAGGAGGAGUGUCGGUUUGUGAUACUCCAUGAUAAUAUGGACCUUUCUAGGUUAAUGGUGCAUGUCCAACAGGUAAAGGAAAACCACAAGAGGAGAGGUGUUCAUGAUAUUAGGAGGCCUAGGCCUCAAGAUUAG